GGCUCCAACACCAAAACACGCCUGCUUCUUUUUCCCCGGAGCAGAGAAUCGCGACGCGUCACCGACCUUCAUUCUUUCUGCACGGCAAACGAAUCGUUGAUCGUCGUCGGGGUGGUCGUCGAUGCUUUGAGCUGAACUACUAGCUGAUUUUGGAAUGCUGGAUCAUCUUGAGUUAUGAAAUAUUUGUUUCAUAAAGCGAGUGUGAAGAAUAAAGUAGAUGAAACUACAGGCGCCAAUUCCCGGGCAGAUGUCAGGUCAGGUACCUAAUCAGUCAGGAUCCCAGUUGCCUGGACUGACCCAGCCAAAUCGAAAUGCCCUCCCUCAGACACCAAAUUUAGCUGGUGUUCCGCGCUCCACCAUUAAUAUGGACCCUGAAUUUCUUAGAGCGCGCACGAUUAUGCAAGAGAAGAUCUAUGAGAUCUUACUGCAGCGGCAACAACAUCCUGUAACAGAAUUACAGAAAAGAAGGUACAAGGAUUUUGCUAAACGCUUGGAGGAAGCCAUGUUAAAAACUGCCACAUCCAAGGAGGAGUACUUGAACUUGGAUACCCUAGAGAGCCGUCUUCUUAAUUGCAUCAGACGGCCAUCUAUGAAUAAUCAUAGCCAGCAAUAUCCCCAGCAUGUUGGCUCUUCUCCAGUAGGUACAAUGAUACCAACACCUGGUAUGCCACAUGUUGUGAAUUCAAACAUGACAGCUACAUCUUCUGUAGAUGCCUCAAUGAUUGUUACCCCUGGAUGUAAUAGCAUGGCAUCUCCAUCUGUCAAUAGUGGAAGCAUGUUUCCCACAGGUGGUUUGCAUGGGAAUUCUUUAAGUAGAUCUGAUGCUUUGUCUAAUGGCUAUCAGCCAUCAUCAACCAGCUAUUCAAUUGGUUCUGGGGGAACCAUGUCAUCAAUGGGUGCGCAGAGAGCUGGAAGCCAGAUGAUUCCCACUCCUGGAUUUACUAGCAGCAAUAACCCAUACAUGAAUGUAGAAUCUUCUGAUAAUAGUGGUGUCUUUUCCAGUGUUGAAUCCUCAAUGGUCUCACAGCCUCAGCAGCAGAAACAGCAUGUUGGGGGCCAAAACAAUAAUGUGAUGCAGAACCUUGGCAGCCAAAUGGGUAGUGGAAUGAGAUCUGGGUUACAGCAAAAAUCUUUUGCAUACUCAAAUGGAGCUAUAAGUAGUGGGUUAGGAUUGAUUGGAAACAAUAGGCAACAGACAAGUGAAUCUGGCUUUGUUGAUGCCUAUGCCACAACUUAUACGAAUUCGCCUAAACACCCACAGCAGCACUUUGAUCAAAAUCAGCAACUGCCAGGGCACGGUGAUGGAUAUGGAUUGAAUAAUGUUGACUCAUUUGCUUCUGGAAACUUCUAUGCAUCUGCAACAUCCUCUGGAUCUAUGAUGAACAGUCAGAACUUGAAUUCAGUAAAAUUGCCUGCAGUAUCUCAAACCAACACUCUUAUAAGUAGUCAUUCCAAUUCCAAUUUACAUGGUAUGCAGCAGGCUGCUCAUCUUAAGUCUCAAGCUAUGAAUCAGUUAGAGAAGUUGAAUUUUCAGUCUUCUUUUACUUCAAGAGAGGGCCUUCUGGAUCCUCAACGGCAAUAUCUGCAGCAUUCCCAACAAUUUCAACAGCCAGAGCAGUAUGCUCAACAGCAAUUUGAACAGUCUGAGCAGUAUGCUCAGAAGCAAUAUCAACUUAAGCUGCGAAGUCAGCAACCUCAGCAUUUGGUCAACAGCGGUGCUUUUGGCCAGUCUCAUAUCCCUUCCAAUUUAGAAGCUCAAGUGAAGUCUGAGCCGGGACUUGAUCACCACAAAGAAGUAUUCAGUUCACAAGUUUCUGAACAGUUUAAUAUUUCUGAUAUGCAAAACAAGCUGCAGCAGAACUCUACUGAUAGUUGUGCGGGGAAUGCCCAGCAUCUUUCUUUUCCAGAUGGUCAGAACGAGUUAUCUGUGACAACUACUCAAAACUCACAACAAAUGUUGCACCCACAUUCAGAGCCUGAAAAUAAUUUUAGUUGUCUUUCAGUUGGGACACAAUCUAAAUCGGCACUUAUAAGUCAAUGGAAUUCUCAAUCACAAGGUGUUAACCACAUACCGGGAAAUAUGUCACAUGAGCAGCAUCUCCAUAUGGAUUUCCAUCAAAGAAUAUCGAGGCAAGAUGAAGCUCAGUGCAAUAAUUUAUCUUCCGAUGGAAAUGUUGUUAGUCAAGCUGUUGCUUCUAGAGGGGCUGAGCCACUUGAUUCAAAUGUUAAUAUUAAGAAAGCACAUAGGAACCAACAAAGGUGGCUUUUAUUUCUACUUCAUGCUCGACGGUGUCCUGCCCCAGAAGGACGAUGCCAAGAGAGAUAUUGUUAUAGUGCUCAGAAGUUAUGCAGGCACAUUGAUGGAUGCAACCUCCCUCACUGCCCAUAUCCCCGCUGUCAUCAUACCAGGCUAUUGCUAAUUCAUUUCAGAAACUGCAAGGAUCCGUGUUGCCCAGUUUGUGUCUUUGUUCGAAAUUACAGACGUUCACUUCAAGUUAAGCCUCAGACUCGGCCAGAUUCUGAAUCAGGAGGGCCUGUCGCAGUGAAUGGAUCUUGUAAACCCUACAAUUCUGUAGUUCCAUCACCUAGAUUGAUCUCAAAACCUUUGCCUGCUAUUGAAACUUCAGAUGACCUGCAGCCAUCUCUAAAACGUAUGAAAAUUGAACAGUGUACCCAGUCCUUUAGUUCAGAAAAUGACAACUCUACUGUGUCAGUUCUAGCUAACUGUGAAUCUAAUGUUUCCAAGGAUGCCCAGAACCAAGACUAUAUCCAUGGUGAUAUGCCAAUGUCGGUUAAAUCUGAGUUCACAGAGGUUAAGGCUGAGGGUCCAGUGCAUUCAACACCCACAAAUGCUUGUGAAGUGAAAAUGAAUAAUGCGGAGGACAGAUGGCCUGGUAGUGAACCUGUCACAUAUGAUGAACCUGUCAAUUUAGCUAGGCCAGAAAAUAUUAAACCUGAGAAAGAAACUGCACAAGAUCAGCCAGAAAACCUUGCCCAGUCAUCAGAAAAUUUGGGAGGGACAAAGUCUGGUAAGCCUAAAAUAAAGGGGGUCUCAUUGACUGAACUAUUCACUCCAGAGCAAGUCAGGGAACACAUCACUGGCCUAAGACGAUGGGUUGGCCAAAGCAAAGCAAAAGCAGAAAAGAAUCAAGCAAUGGAGCAUGCAAUGAGUGAGAACUCCUGUCAGUUGUGUGCUGUAGAGAAGCUUACAUUUGAACCGCCACCUAUAUAUUGCUCAACUUGUGGUGCUCGCAUUAAACGAAAUGCUAUGUAUCAUACGAUGGGUACUGGUGAUACACGUCAUUAUUUUUGUAUUCCGUGCUAUAAUGAGGCUCGUGGAGACACCAUUUUUGUUGAUGGAAUUGCCAUUCCUAAGGCAAGGCUGGAGAAAAAGAAAAAUGAUGAAGAAACUGAGGAAUGGUGGGUCCAAUGUGAUAAAUGUGAAGCUUGGCAACACCAAAUUUGUGCCUUAUUUAAUGGUCGAAGAAAUGAUGGGGGACAAGCUGAAUACACUUGCCCUAACUGCUAUAUUCAAGAAGUAGAAAGAGGAGAGCGCAAACCCCUACCCCAAAGUGCUGUUCUUGGGGCCAAGGAUUUGCCUAGAACAAUUCUCAGUGAUCACAUAGAGCAACGGCUCUUUAAGAAACUAAAACAAGAGAGACAAGAGAGGGCAAGGCUUCAAGGGAAAAGUUAUGAUGAGGUGCCUGGGGCUGAAGCACUUGUUGUUAGAGUGGUGUCAUCUGUGGACAAAAAAUUAGAAGUGAAACAACGGUUUUUGGAAAUUUUUCGGGAAGAAAAUUAUCCUACAGAAUUCCCAUAUAAAUCUAAGGUAAUUUUGUUGUUUCAAAAGAUUGAAGGUGUGGAAGUAUGCCUUUUUGGCAUGUAUGUUCAAGAAUUUGGAUCUGAAUGCCAGUUCCCUAAUCAGCGUCGGGUAUAUCUGUCAUAUCUCGAUUCUGUCAAGUAUUUUAGGCCUGAAGUUAAAGCAAUGACUGGGGAGGCUCUUCGGACGUUUGUUUAUCAUGAAAUUUUGAUUGGAUACCUUGAAUAUUGUAAGAAACGUGGUUUUACAAGCUGCUAUAUUUGGGCCUGUCCUCCAUUGAAGGGCGAAGAUUAUAUUUUAUAUUGUCACCCGGAAAUUCAGAAGACUCCAAAAUCUGAUAAACUUCGAGAAUGGUACUUAUCAAUGUUAAGGAAAGCUGCCAAGGAGACUAUUGUGGUUGAUCUCACCAACUUGUAUGACCAUUUCUUUGUAUCUACUGGUGAAUGUAGAGCUAAGGUUACUGCUUCAAGACUUCCUUAUUUUGAUGGUGACUACUGGCCUGGGGCUGCAGAGGAUCUGAUUUAUCAGCUUAACCAAGAAGAAGAUGGCAGAAAAUUGAAUAAGAAAGGAACAACUAAAAAGACUAUAACAAAGAGGGCUUUAAAGGCAUCUGGUCAGUCAGAUCUCUCUGGUAACGCGUCAAAAGAUCUCCUUCUAAUGCAUAAGCUUGGCGAAACCAUUAGCCCAAUGAAGGAAGAUUUUAUCAUGGUUCAUUUGCAGCAUGCGUGCAGUCACUGUUGUAUUUUAAUGGUAUCUGGCAACCGUUGGGUUUGCAACCAGUGCAAAAAUUUUCAGAUGUGUGACAAAUGUUAUGAAGCAGAACAGAAGCGCGAAGAAAGGGAAAGGCAUCCUAUCCAUCAUAGGGAGAAACAUACCUUUCGCCCAAUUGAAAUUACUGAUGUGCCAGCUGAUACGAAGGACAAAGACGAGAUUCUUGAAAGUGAAUUCUUUGACACUAGACAGGCAUUUCUCAGUCUCUGUCAGGGAAACCAUUAUCAGUAUGAUACUCUGAGGCGGGCCAAACAUUCAUCAAUGAUGGUCCUUUAUCAUCUUCAUAAUCCGACUGCUCCUGCCUUUGUGACAACUUGUAAUAUAUGUCAUCUUGACAUUGAAACUGGUCAAGGUUGGCGUUGUGAAGUUUGCCCUGACUAUGAUGUGUGCAAUGCGUGUUAUCAAAAGGAUGGAGGUAUUGAUCAUCCUCAUAAGUUAACAAAUCAUCCGUCCUUGGCUGAGCGUGAUGCUCAGAACAAAGAAGCAAGGCAGCUUCGAGUGUUACAGUUGCGGAAAAUGCUUGAUCUUCUUGUGCAUGCAUCCCAAUGCCGUUCUGCCCAUUGCCAGUAUCCAAAUUGUCGCAAAGUGAAGGGACUCUUCCGCCAUGGGAUGCAAUGCAAAACACGUGCCUCUGGAGGCUGUGUUCUUUGCAAGAAAAUGUGGUAUUUGCUGCAACUUCAUGCUCGGGCUUGCAAAGAAUCUGAGUGCCACGUGCCACGUUGCAGAGAUCUGAAAGAACAUUUAAGGAGGUUGCAGCAGCAGUCGGACUCUCGGCGAAGAGCAGCCGUGAUGGAAAUGAUGAGACAGCGAGCUGCUGAAGUUGCCAACAAUGCAGGAUAAGCUGUUUGCUCAUGAGAAUUUGGCUUGUUUCCAAAUGGAAGCUGCUGGCGACGGCGCUCUUAACAGCAGCCGAGGGCGGUUUAUGUGAAUGGAAGGGAUCAUAUAUAUAUAUAUAUAUAUAUGACAGGAUUCCAGAUUCACUUGUCAUCAUCUUUUUUAGGUCCCUUCACAUUGUGGAUUGGCCUCUCCGCGACGUGAUUGUCCUGAAGAGGGUCGUUUUAGUGCUGCCAUGCCACCCUCUUCUGAAAGGACUAACCAGCUCUAGCAGGUAAUUAGGUCGGUGUGCCGAUUUAGUGAUUCUUUAAUUUUGUCUGGUUCUUGUAUUUUGAGAAGUGCCAUCCCGGGGUGGCCAGUGUACUAUAGCCCUAAUUUGUCGAAAAUGUCUUCAAAUGAUAUGAGGGAGGUUUGUAUUAAGUUGUUUUUUCCCCUUUUCUAGAGAUUGACCCUCAUUUGUAGAAUGUCAUCAAAGGUUAAUAAUUAUAGUAUUCGUAGCUGCAGCAAUUCAUAUUUA